AUGUCUCGCCGGGAGUCUCCGCCGCCCUCGCCGCCUCCGCCGCCACUGCUGCUGGGAGUGCAGCGGGGGGAGGACCGUCCGGAGCGCGCCGAGCCGCUGUCCGACGCCGAGCGGGAGAUCAUCCAGGGCACGUGGGGGCUGGUGUACAAGAACUGCGAGGACGUGGGGGUGUCCGUGCUCAUAAGGUUCUUUGUGAACUUCCCGUCAGCCAAACAGUACUUCAGCCAGUUCCAGGACAUGGAGGACCCAGAGGAGAUGGAGCGAAGCAGCCAACUUCGACACCAUGCCCGCAGGGUGAUGAACGCCAUCAAUACUGUGGUGGAAAACCUCCAUGACCCAGAGAAAGUGUCUGCAGUGCUGGCCCUGGUGGGGAAGGCCCAUGCUAUCAAACACAAGGUGGAGCCCAUGUAUUUCAAGAUCCUGAGCGGCGUGCUGCUGGAGGUGUUGGCUGAAGAUUUCCCUGAAUUCUUCACAGCCGAGGUGCAAAUGGUGUGGACCAAACUGAUGGGGGCAGUGUACUGGCACGUCACAGGGGCCUACACAGAGGUGGGCUGGCUCCAGGUCUCCAGCUCAGCGGUUUGA